AUGAACGUCGCCCGCGUGGCGUACCGCGGCCUCCUCCGCGCGACGCGGAGGCUCGACCAGCAGCUCGCGAGGCACGGCACCGUGGACGUCUUCCCCGAGAACGAGUGCGCGAGGCUCCGCGAGCUCCUCCCCGGGUACAAGAUCGCGCUCGCGCCGAACUCGCGCGCGGCGCUGCGCGCGCUCGUCGGCGACGCGUUCCGCGCGGGCGCGAGGCUCGACGCGCGCGCGCACGCGGUCGACGUCGGGCGACGCCUGGACGACGCCAUCGCCGCGUACGCGCUGCUGAACCGCCGCCUCGCGCUCCUGGAGAGCAUGGCCGCGGACGUCAGCAGCGACACGCUCACGAGCGGCGUCCGCGUCCGCGUCCGCAGCGCGCUCCUGCCGGAGAUGUCCGAUCCACGGGAAGGGGAGUUUUGGUAUUCGUACACCGUCGUCGUGAAGAACGAAUCCGUCGACGAGCCCGUGCAGGUGGUCUCUCGCCGGUGGGAGAUCCGCGACGAGGAAGGGCGCGUCCAGGACGUCCUCGGCGUUGGGCUCGUGGGGUUCCAGCCCGUCUUGGAGCGCGGCGCGGAGUUCGAGUACACCUCGAGGGUGAGUCUGGAGCGGCUGAAGGGGACAAUGUCGGGGGACUUCACCGUCGUCGGGCAGCGCAGCGGCGCGCUGUGGGAAGCGGUCGUCGGCGCGUUCGCGCUGUCGCCGCCGAGGGCGCCGACGGCGAACGCGGCGGCGGCGGACGCGGACGCGGCGCGCGAGGGCGGCGGCGCGAGCGGCGCGAAAGGGAAGGGACGCGGGGGGAGGGCGAAGAAGGCGGCGGAGGUGGUCAACAAGGCGGCGACGGCGGCGAAGCGGUGA